GCUGACUUCUUCCGAGCAGAUAACACAGCUGCUGUGCACACCCAGCACGUGGGCUUCAACCGGCAAGAGCAGGAUGUGUUCCUCCUUCCCAUCCUCGUUGUGGACAGUGGGCCACCCACACUGAGCAGCACGGGCACCCUCACCAUCCGCAUCUGCGGCUGUGACAGCUCCGGCACCAUCCAGUCCUGCAACACCACGGCCUUCGUCGUGGCUGCCUCCCUCAGCCCCGGCGCGCUCAUUGCUCUCUUGGUCUGCGUCCUCAUUCUGGUCGUGCUGGCUCUGCUAAUCCUCACCCUCAGGCGUCACCACAAGAGCCACCUGAGCUCGGACGUGGAUGAGGACAUGCGGGACAACGUGAUCAAAUACAACGACGAGGGCGGCGGCGAGCAGGACACCGAGGCCUAUGACAUGUCAGCGCUGCGGAGCCUCUACGAUUUCGGGGAGCUCAAGGGUGGCGACGCGGGCGGGGGAGCGGCCAGUCCCCCACAGGCUGCCUCCUCCUCCGAGCGCCACUCGCUGCCUCGGGGCCCGUCGAGCCCGGAGCCGGACUUCUCGGUGUUCAGGGACUUCAUCAGCCGCAAGGUGGCGCUGGCGGACGCGGACCUGUCGGUGCCGCCCUACGACGCCUUCCAGACCUACGCGUUCGAGGGCGCGGGCUCGCCGGCUGCCUCGCUCAGCUCGCUGCACAGCGGCUCCACCGGCUCCGAGCAGGACUUCGCUUUUCUCCGCGCCUGGGGCCCGCGCUUCCGACCGCUGGCCGCGCUCUACGCCGGCCACCGUGGGGACGACGAGGCCCCGGCCUCCUAGCCCCAACCGGGCCAGUCCGGCAGCGCGGCCCGACGGGAGGGGACCUGCAUGGCUCCCGCGCCGCGACACGCCCCCAAGGGGUGAAGCUUGCGAGGACUCAGGGGUGCGGGAUGGUGACCAACGUCAGGAGAAGGGAGGGGAACCCGACCUGCGCAGCCCUGGGGUUGGAAGGGACCGCGGAGGGGGGAACCCCAUGCUGGGAAAGGACCUGGGAAGAGAAAGCGGAGGAGGGCGCUGCUGCCGUGCCCACCCCAAGGCUUUCUGGCAUUCAAGUAAAGAUGAAGGAAGGGCUGGUCAUUUACUAAGCACCUACUGUGUGCUGGGAGCUACCCAGAGACCGACUGCAUUGUUGUAGAAACUAUGAGGUGGCGUUCCAAAGGUGACAAGAUAGGAAAGCCCCCCAGAGAAGUGGUUGUGACCUGCCCGGGGACACGCAGACAGCGAGUGGUGGAGCCUCCCGCACUGACCAGCUGCCUGGACAAGUCACCUCAUUUCUCUGGGCCCCAGUUUCCUCAUCUGUCAAAUGAGGUUAAUAACAGCACCUACCUCGAAGAUUUGGAAAGGGUUCAGGUGUCAAGUCGUUGGGCAGUGCCUGGCACAGAGUAGGUGUUCAAUAAAUGCUCGCCUUUGUUACUA